GUCAGCGGAGCGGGUCCUGCUGCGGCAGGCAUUGUGAUGUAGGGGUUUUGACAAGAAGGCCUGUCCACAGAAGUAAGCUGGUACGGCUAAUUUUCCACACUAAAACUGACGUGCGGAGUGGUGCUAUGAAGGUUUUCUGCGGGCGAGCCAACCCCACCACAGGGUCUGUGGAGUGGCUGGAGGAGGACGAGCACUAUGAUUACCACCAGGAGAUUGCAAGAUCGUCCUAUGCUGAUAUGCUGCAUGACAAAGACAGAAAUAUGAAGUACUACCAGGGCAUCCGGGCUGCGGUGAGCAGGGUGAAGGACAGAGGAGAGAAAGCCUUGGUUCUUGACAUUGGCACGGGCACGGGGCUCCUGUCAAUGAUGGCGGCCACCGCAGGCGCCGACUUCUGCUUUGCCAUUGAGGUUUUCAAGCCGAUGGCUGAUGCUGCUGUGAAGAUUGUGGAGAAAAAUGGCUUCAGUGAUAAGAUUAAGGUUAUCAAUAAGCAUUCCACUGAGGUGACUGUAGGGCCAGAUGGUGACCUGCCCUGUCGCGCCAACAUCCUGAUAACGGAGCUCUUUGAUACAGAGCUGAUCGGGGAGGGUGCGUUGCCCUCCUACGAGCAUGCACACCGGCACCUCAUGCAGGAAAAUUGUGAGGCAGUGCCCCACAAGGCCACUGUGUACGCACAGCUAGUAGAGUCCAGAAAGAUGUGGUCAUGGAACAAGCUUUUUCCUAUCCAUGUGGAGACCAGCCAUGGGAAGCAAGUCAUCGUCCCCCCUGUGGAACUGGAGAGGUGCCCUGGAGCCCCCUCUGUCUACGACAUUCAGCUGAACCAGGUGUUGCCCACUGACUUCACGGUUCUCAGCGACGUGCUGCCUAUGUUCAGUGUGGACUUCAGCAAGCAGGUCAGUAGUUCCACAACCUGCCACAGCAGACAGUUUGAACCGCUGACAUCUGGCCAAGCCCAGGUGGUGCUCUCCUGGUGGGACAUCGAAAUGGACCCUGAGGGGAAGAUCAAGUGUACCAUGGCCCCUUUCUGGGCACACUCAGACCCAGAGGAGCUCCAGUGGCGCGACCAUUGGAUGCAGUGUGUGUACUUCCUACCGCAAGAGGAGCCCGUGACCCCAGGCUCGUCCCUCUGCCUGACAGCCCACCAUGACGACUACUGUAUCUGGUACAGCCUUCAGAGGACCAGCCCCCAGAAGAACAUAAGAGCCACUGUAGUGCGCCCUGUGUGUGACUGCCAGGCUCAUAUUCUCUGGAACCGGCCUCGCUUUGGAGAGAUCAACGAUCAGGACAGAACGGACCAGUACAUCCAGGCCCUAAGGACUGUGCUGAAGCCAGGCAGUACCUGCCUAUGUGUCAGUGAUGGCAGCCUGCUCGCUGUGCUGGCCCAUCAUCUAGGUGCCAAGCAGGUAUUUACAAUAGAGAGUUCAGCGGCCUCGCAUAGACUGAUGGCAAAAAUCUUCAGAGCUAACCACUUGGAAGAUAAAAUUAAUAUCAUAGAGAAACGGGCCGAAUUACUCACAUUGGCUGACUUGGAAGGCAAAAAGAUCUCUCUCCUCCUGGGUGAGCCAUUCUUCACCACCAGCCUGCUGCCAUGGCACAACCUCUACUUCUGGUAUGUGCGGACUGCCUUGGUAGAGCUCCUAGAGCCUGGGGCCACUGUGAUGCCCCUGGCAGCCUCGUUGCACAUGAUGGUCGUGGAGUUCAGGGACUUGUGGCGGAUCAGGAGCCCCUGUGUCAACUGCGAAGGCUUCGAUGUUCACAUUAUGGAUGACAUGAUCAAGCAAGCCUUGGACUUCCGGGAGAGCAAGGAGGCAGAGCCGCACCCCCUUUGGGAGUACCCCUGCCGAAGCCUCUCCGACCCCCAUCGCAUCCUCAUCUUCGACUUCUGCCAGCCUGUCCCCAAGCAGUCUAUAUGUGCUCGGGGCUCCAUUGAGCUGAGGAGGCCCGGGAGGAGCCAUGGCGCAGUGCUGUGGAUGGAGUACAACCUGACCCCCAGCAGCACCGUCAGCACCGGCCUCCUGAAGCCCCUGGAGGACCAGGGGGACUGUUGCUGGAACCCUCACUGCAAGCAGGCCGUGUACUUCUUCAGCCCUACCCUGGACUCUACAGUGCUGCCAGGCAGCUCCCGAACCAUCAGCUACUCAGUGGAGUUUCACCCUGACACUGGCAAUGUCACUAUGGACUUCUCGCUCUUGGGUACCCCAGAACUGGGCGCCAACUCUGGCUUGUGAGAAAUAAAGUGUCCGAGGGCUCUGGGCGGAA